AUGGCCUUCAAGGAGAAGCCCGACGUCACCGUCAUCGAGAACUGCGCGUGCGCAAAGUGUGAUGCCGCCGCCCGCGAAGCGUCCGCCAUCGGCUCCUACUCGUGCCUCACCAACGUCGAGAAGCAGGAGCACGAGCAAAAGCGCUGGCUCUCCUACCCGACCCUGAUGGCCGUGAUGCGGCACAGCGAGCGAAUGGACGACAUGUUCCCCGGGUGGGACCGGCGCUUCGAGCCGGCCGAGGCGUACGCGCCGUACGACUUGAACAUGCCGCAGAAGCUGCCCAUCCACCGGCCGAUCGACAACUACCGACGUGACCCGAUGCUGACGCGGACCGGCUGUAUCCUUGCUCAAAUCGUCGGCCAGGGGUUGUACUAUCGGGACAAGAGUCCAGACGUCAUCUACUGCUCCCCCGCCCUUCGUUGUCUCCAAACGGCCGAAUUUGUGCGCCAGGCUUCUGGAAGCUCGGCCUCACUCCGCGUCGAGCCGGGCCUCUUCGAGAACAUGUCCCUCUACGACGCCAAGCCCAAGCUGCUCAGCCCCGAGCACCGCACCUGCUUCGGCGUCGACCGGGACUACAAGCCGCUGUUUGAUUUUGAUCAGAUGUACGAGAAGGGCGAGACGAACAAAGACUACAACGAGCGCAUCCACACCGUCCUCCACCGCAUCGCCACCACGGCCGAGACGUGCGAUGGGCCGAGAAGGGAUGAAAGCAGGGUUUUGGUGGUCGGGCACGCGUCGACGGUGGACAUGGCGGUCGGGCUGCUCGGCGAGCCGGUGCGGCACAGUACGAUGCAGGAUCUGCACAAGAUUGGGGACAGGGUCCCGUACUGCUCGCUGGUGUGCCUCGUGCCGCAGAAGCCGACGCUCGCCCCGACGGCCGACAGUGUUUGGAAGCUGCAGAUCGGCGCCGUCCCGCCGGUCUCCUACAAGAACUUCAGCAACCGCCCCAACCACCUCUUCAUCAUGCGGAAA